AUGGCGGCGGCAGUGAAGUCGUCGGCCGGGAUGGUGGGGAAGAAGUCCCGGAAGCCGUACGUGAUGACCAGGCCACGGGAGAGGUGGACCGCCGACGAGCACGACCGCUUCCUCCACGCCCUGCUGGUGUUCAGCUGCGACUGGAAGAGGGUCCAGGCGUUCGUCGCCACCAAGACGGCCACGCAGAUACGCAGCCACGCCCAGAAGCACUUCCUCAGAGCGGAGAAGAAGCUGGGCCUCGCGGCGGCGCCGCACCCUCGCAGCUCUGCCGGUGCCGGCUAUCGGCAGCAGCGCCCGCUCACCGGCUGCCCGGCCAGAUGGUGCGCUGAUGAUGGUGCCUCGGCGCCGGACGUCGAGACGGUUCAGCUCCCGUUGUCUCCGGACGACCUGCACUUCGCUCAGGUGUACAGGUUCGUCGGCGACAUCUUCGGCUCUGGCGCGUCACGGCCGGUCGAGGCGCAGCUGCAGAGGCUGCUGGGCGCGGAUCCUGUCAUCGUGGACACCAUCCUACGGGUGCUGGCCAACCUCGAAGAUAACUUCUCUCUAUAG